CUGUGAGAUAAAGUUUUAGCUAUAUUAGGUAAUUCCCUAUACACCAAGGAGAACCGCGGCGUAACAAGUAGUCCGUAUCUAAACGAGACCCACAAACGUAAAUGCAUGAAUGGAUACAGCAGCUGUUAGAAGGGGAUAAUCAAGGCGAUACCAUAAAUAAUGACAAGGUUCCAGCGUUAGCAGCUUGACCAACAACAUGACGCCUGACGAUUUGCCCCCACCGAAAGCGGGCUCUUGGCUUCAACGUAAUGAGCUAGGAACACAGCAAGCCCUUAUAAAUAGCGCGGGCAUGCAGGAUAAGCUGCCGGGGCGCGACCCAGGAUACCGCAAAGUUUCGUUUGGCAUCGAUGCCUCAUCCAGCACCGCAUCGCCAGGAAUCCGCGGUUUACCAGCUCAAACACCUCCUCCAGCCAGCUCAUCAGCUUUCGCCUCACCCAACAUUACUGGAACCGAUGACGUUGCGUACUCAACCCCAACUCCACCUACCAUUCCCACGACCACCGCAAUCUCCAGCUCACCAAGCGCAGCUACCGGCAACGCCGCGGGCUCAGAUGCGGCUUCCGAUAUGUCUUUCAGCCUCAACGCAAGCAUGCGACGUACCCGCCGCAGGCACGCAGCUGCAGCUGCUGCUGCACAGCCAGGCGUGUUGGGUCCUGCGCCCAUGCCGACAUCAGCAGCUGCCGCGGCAGCAGCAACCGGAGCAGCGGCGGGCGGGGAGGGUGGCAAUAGCGGCGCGGAUGCUACCUUAACUACAGGUGGCGGAGGAGCGGCGGUCUCCAGUGCCUUCGCAGCCGCCGACAGUGCCGCAAUCGCCGCCGCCGUCGCCGCCACAGCGACUGCAGCUGGUGCUGCUGGUGCUGCUGAUGCCGGGGAAUACCUUACCUCCUCCCCUGUCCUUGCGCCUGCUCAUGCUGCUGCCCCCUCCGGCCCGCUGCCCAUCUGCGGGCCGCUGUACACUAAGCCGCUGCCGCCAAACGUGUUGGCCGUGACCAUUGAGCGAUCCGAGGCCCUCCGGCACGACCCGCUGCUAACUAAUCCUGUCGUACGGCUGCACUGCUUGGAUCCAAACACGGGCGCGCACCUCUCCACCCUGGAUGAUCCCAGCCUGGGGGUGCUGGAUCCUGUACGGCAGGCGCAGCUGCUUGAGUUCCCCGGCCGCCCCGCGCUCAUGACGCUCGCCAACAACACCGCCGCGCCCUGUCCUGCCGUGCUGCGAGCCAUACCGCCCGUGCAGACGCAGCCGUGCGACCUGCUCAACAGACCCGAGGCCCGCACCGCCGCCUGCUGGGACGAGACGCUGCUAGUGGACGAGGCGGUGGAGCGGAUAAUAGCGCUGGACCCGCUCAUCCUGCUGGAGGUGCUGCAGCCGCCCGUCAGCUACCAGCGCUACCGGAAGCACGCCGCCGCCUUCGACCCGCCCGACGGCUGCCACCUGGUGGCAUGGGCCUUCCUGCGACCCGCGGGUCCGCCGCCCGCCGGCCCGGGGGGCCCGCGGCAGCCGCUGCUAGGCCGCCUGAAGCUGCAGCUGUACGAGUACCGGAAAGAUCUCAUUGCUGCAACGACUCGUCGUACGGAUAACGACUUUGGUAUGGCACCAACACCUGCCGUAUAUCCCGGUGGUGGCGGUGGCGGCGGAUUCGUGGUGGGCCCCGACGGUACAACCGUCUUGCAACCGCAGGCGGUCACGGUUAGGAACUCCGCCAGUCGUGCGUUCGCGAACUGGCAGGCCCUCAUGGCAGUUGGCGGCGCGUCGGUUGUACGGAAGUACCCCUCCGCGCUAACGGUCGUACUACAGGCUGUUCCGCGGCCCGAGCCUGAAGUGGUCAUCACGGAGCCCGAAAAGGGCAUUCGUCCGUACUUGCCGGCGGGGUACGGCAGCGGCUUCGAAACCAGCUCCAUCCCGCUGUCCGCCUACGUGCACGGCGAGGGCGGUGGCGGGGGGCUGGGCGGGCUGUCGCUGGGUCGCGAGGCGGCUGCGGAGGACCUCACGCAGCACCCGCUCUACCGACCCAUCACGGAGCCGUGCAAGAUCCCCAACGCCCCCCUCCGCCAGCUGCCCGGCGGCCCCACCGGCGUCAGCUGCCUGGCCUUCAGCUGCGCGGGGACCUACCUGGCGGCCGCAUGCGGAGAGCCGAACGACAGGUUCAGACUGGCGGUCUACAAGACGCUGACGGGAGCCCUGGUGAAGACCAUUCAUAACGCUCACAGCGCAUUUGUGUACGACAUUGCCUGGGCCCGAGAUGACUCGGCCAUCAUAACCGCCUCCGCCGAUUGCACGGCGAAGAUCUGGGAGCUCAAUCCCGCUGCUGCUGCGGCGGCCAUGACUGCCGCUGAGGUGGCGGCGGCGGCAGCAGCCGGCAGUGGGGCUAGCGGAGCAGGCCCCGUUGACGCAGCAGGCGGCGUCGCAGACGCCGCCGCCGCCGCUGCUGCCGCGGCGCCAGCCAUGAGCCUCCUGGCGACGAUGCGGCCUUCAGCUGCUGCUGCUGCGGUUGCAGAGGGCACAUCAACCCGCAGCGGCAGCCGUCACAGCACACUCGCCGCCGCCGCACCCGUCAAUGCCCCGGCGGCUCCGGCACUGGCGACGACGGGCCGGGCUGCCACCGCCGCCGGCGCCGGCGUGCCGCACCCCACGCUGCUGCGCCAUGCGUGUUACGUGUAUACGGCACAGUUCCAUCCCGUACAAAAGUACGGCAGUGCGCUGGUUGCCACUGGGGCGUACGACGGCACCGUACGGCUGUGGCGGCGGUACACGGGGGAGCUGUUGGCGGCGGUGAAGACCCAGUCCGGCGCCAUCAACAGCCUGUGUUUCGACAAGCUGGGCACCCGGCUGUACGCGGGGGACAGCGCGGGGGUGCUGCAGGAGUUUAGCUGUGACGUGAGCAAGGGGGCGGAGGCGGUGGCAGCUGCACCGGGCGCCACCAACCUCAAGAUAUCCACCAUUGCCGCGGGAGGCUCCUCCGCCAACCUCAACACCACCCUCCUCUCAGCCACCCUCCGACCCCGCCCCGGAGGAGCAGCGGGAGGAGGAGGAGGUGGGGGGCUCAAUGCCUCCGUAAGGCCCUCGGCAGGUGGAGGAGGAGGAGGAGGGGCUGGAGAGGCGGCGGGUGGGCUGCAUGCGACCCUGUUGCGGGGCUCGGGUGGCGAGGGCGGCGAGGGGGCGGGUGCUGCGGGUGCGGCUGCUGCUGCUGCGAAUAUCCUGCGCGUGCUGAGGCAGUGUGACGAGUUCGCUGGCGAGCCGCUGUCGCACGUGCUGCUGCACCCGGGCGGCCGGCGGCUGGCGCUGCUGACCAAGCGCAGCCGGCUGCUGGGGCUGGAGAGCCGCAGCAUGAGCCGCGCGGAGGAGUUCCGGGGGGUGCGCUGCAGGGAGGCGCCGCUCAAGAUGGCGUUCAGCCCGGACGGUCGCUACCUGGUGUGUGGCAGCGAGGACGGGCGGGUGGUGGUGUGGGACGCGGACGGCGGCCCGCCCACCCCGCUGCCGCACUUCAGCCUUGGGGGCGACCCGGUGUACCAGGUUGUGUGGAACCCGCAGUUCCACAUCGCCGCCGUGUGCAGCUUCAGCCCCUGGGCGCCGCUGCUGCUGCUGGCCUACGAGGCGGGGCAGCCCGAGGUGGCGCUGGCGGUGGGGGGGCGCAGCCCGCUGGAGCUCAUGGCGCGGGAGAACCGCAAGCAGGCCGAGGUGGUGCGCCCCCGCUGGGAUGUCCCCGACCGCCUCACGCCCGAGUACCUGCGGAUCAUGCUGCAUGACGUGCGCAGAGACGCCCGAGAGCGGGGCAUCCUGGGGGCCCCGGACGACCCGUACGGCGAGCACCUCGUGGUGCCGUACAACCGCCUUGCACAACUGCGCAAUGCUACAGCCGCUGCAGCCGCCGCUUCCACGGCUGCCGAGGACGCCAGAGCCCUUGAAGGCCAAGGGAAGCAGAAGAAGGGCAAGGGCAAGGGGAAGCAGGUACAGAUACAAGAAGAGGCGACGGCGAAAGGGCAGGAGGAGGAGGAGGAGGAUGGCGACACAGGUGCAGGUGGAGGUGGAGGUGCAGGUGGAGGUGGAGGUGUGGUAGACCUGGCAGGACUUCCGGACCUGCCGGGGAGUCGCUUCCCGACGGCACCGCCACCGCCGCCCCCAGCAGCACCAACAACAACAGGAGGAGGAGGAGGAGGAGGCGGUGGCGGUGGCAGUAGCAGCGGUGAGGUGGAGGAGGGGGAAGCCAAGGUCGCUGCCUUCCGUCAGGCGCGUGCGGCCUCCCAGGCGGCAGUAGCCAAGGAGCUGCUGCAGCGGUCCAUGCGGGGAGGCAGCAGCAGGCCCAGGAGCGCACCACCACCACCGCCGCCGCCAGCAGUGAUGCUAGCAGCGGCAGGAGCAGCAGCAGGGCCGGCGGUUGCUGCCAGUCUGCUGCCGCCGCCGGCAUUUAAAGACACGCCGCAGCCGCAGCCGCCGACGUCUCUGGCGACGGCUGCAGUGAACGAGGAGGGCGGCACGGCGCUGUCCCCCGCUGAGGCAGCUGCAGCCCCGCAGCAGCAGGGGGCGGCGGCUUGGUUGGAGGAGGGGGCGCAGGGAGUGCAGACGCAGCCACAACUGCAAGUGCCACCACUGGCGCCGCCCCAGCAGCAGCAGGCGGCGCAGGAGGGGCAGCAGGACCAGUGGGCCCAACCGAGCGCAGUAACAUCGCCGCCGCCGCAAGGACAGCCGCACGGAGCGACGGCCCCCAGUCAGCCUGCCUUGCAAGGAGAGUCGCAGCCGGGCUACAGCAGCCGCCAAGUCAUGCAGACGUAUCCCCAGCAGCAACCCUACCCGCAACAGCAGCCCCAGCACCACCAACCACAAGACCCUGCUGCUGCUUCCGCUCAAGCCCAGGGGCCCGCUGCGAGCCGUCAGCAGCAGCAGCAGCCGGUGUGGUACCCCCCGCAACCCCCGUACAUGCAGCCCCCUGCUGGGCCUCAGCAGCAACCACCACAGCAGCAUUGGGGACAGCAGCAGCAGCAGUAUCCGCAGCACCAACCACCGUACACACCUCAGCAACAGCAGCAACAGGGGCCGUACUCAACCCAGCCGCACUACAUGCGACAGCAGACGCCGGCGCAGCAGCAACAGCAACAGCCGCUGCCCUACCAAGCGGAGCAGCAGCAGCCACUUGGUCCCCAGCAGCAGCAGCAGCGGAUGCCGCCACCGCAGCAGCAGCAGCAAAAGGUAGUGUCCGGGCAACAGCAACCCACUGAUAGGUACGUGGUUCAGCAGCUGCACCCGCAAUCGCAGCCACAACAGCCUCAACUGUACCGGAUUGAAGACCUGAGCGCACCGCAGCAGCAGCAGUAUCGACAGCAGCAGCAGCAGUACCCGCCACAACAUCAGCCUGCGCAACAGCCGCAGCCGCAAGUGGGAGGGCAGCAGCAGCACCAGCAAAUACAGCCGCAGAACCAGCAGCAACCGCUGCAACGACAACAGUGGCAGCAGCCCCAGCAGCUGCUGCAGGGGCGACAACCGCAAGAGCAGCAGCAGUGGCAGCAGCAACUGCAACAAUGGCAGCAGCAGCAUGCACAUCAGUUUCCAAAUGCCAUGCUAGUGCCUUCCCAACACCCCCAGCCCCAGCCCCCGCAACAGUGGCAACAGCAGCAACAGCCGCAUCCGCAGUCCUACAUGCUCGCUCAACCGCAGCAGCCCCAGCCGCAGAUGUGGUCGCAAGGGCCGUCCGCGCCGCAGCAGCUGCAACACUGGCAGCAACACCAACACCAGCAGCAACUGCCGCAACAGCAGCAGCAGUGGCGGCAGCAGCAGCAGCUGCUGCAACAACCACCGCAGCUGAGGAAUGUGUCGUACAACCCCCACAACGCUUCUGCUGGUGCUUCUGCCGGCAGCAGCGGCCCCAUCACUCCUGCCACACCGCAAGCGGUGCCGUACCAGCCUGCGGCCUCCUCAGCCUCUGUCGGUUGGCAGUUGGCGGCUCAACAGCGUGUGUAUGGAUAGGCAGGGUACCCGCGUGGAGCCCAUCCUGCUUGACCCCAACCCGAUUGAUGUCAUGCCUGGUCAGUGCGUGUGAUUUGCGAUCUGGGAACUAGAACGAUCGUGUGUUAGGACAUGAGCCCUGCGCACGGGGUCGCAUGUACGGCUUCAUGUGUAGUAACUUUGGCUGUCUUCAAGUACAUCUUCCUUUGUGAGACUGCUGCCUAGCAGGAUAUCCUUAUACUUCAUGCGUUUCCGCUGUGAAAAUGCGUUUGCCGGGAGGCAGGGUUAUUAUGGUUUGGCAUGACAGCACUGGUCGGCGGCCGUAGGGUGCUGUAGCGACAAGUGGAGAGGGCGCCUGUGAAUGUAUGUAUAUAGAGAUGCAGACCCCGCCAUUUAUUUUUUCGCCUCUCCUGCAUAUGUAUUGUAGGGAAGCAAUUAGGAUCUUGUAUUAAGUGACAACUGCAAGCUAUUACUGUUUGGCAGCUGUGUACAGAUUGUGGGUUUGCGGUAGUGGCAGCGGUGCAUGUUGGUACGUCGUGCCAUUUCCUUGUUCCUUUUCCUUUGGUCGUAAGAGUGGCAAUUACACAGUGUGAUGAGCCGAGUAAGUGGCAAUCCCAAGUCGCGUUGUGUGCCCGUCUUGGUUCGAAUUGUGUUUCUUUGUUUUUGAGUUAUGUUACUCUACUGGGGGAUGUGCGGGUAUACUGAGCAACACGAUGCGGUCCUUGCAAGUGGUCUGUAGGAUGGCUCUGUGGUACGGUCCUGGGUGCAGACCGCCGUUGCGUGCCGUGAACCUGAAAGCGCCGCCCCAGGGGCCACCGGACGCCACCACUCGGGUGCUGUUGCCCAACGCGCUACCUUUGCCACUCCACAUAGCAUCGCGCGUCUAUGCGUGUUAUAUUCUAUGCGGCGAUCAGGUUAAGCAGCUUUCCAAAGGUGGUUCGCUCCGGGCCCUGCAACCGGUACUACGGUACCCAGGCGCAGUAGCCAGGUUAGUACCUUCCUGAUAAAUGCUGACAUCUUUGUAGCCAGCUACAUGUUGCCAGCCUUUUGUUGGGAAAGGAGGGACUAGGGCACUGUCGUGGGAAGCCUGCCCAGAGGCUCGCGAAUCGGCUGACUAAGUUUCCUAACCGUGAACUCGCAAGGAUUAGGCGAUUAAGAUGUUAGCGUCUGAAGGGCAUGGCUCAGACAGAAUGGGUGUUGAGCCCAUAUGGGAUUGGUGCA